AUGGAGCCCGAGGAUCUACCGUGGCCGGGCGAGCUGGAGGAGGAGGAGGAGGAGGAGGUGGUAGAGACGGCGGCGGCGACCGAGCCUGAGGAGGCAGUCAACUUGGAUGAGAUCGUGGUGUUGGAGGAAGAGCCCAGGCCAGAGUUGGACUCGGACUUGAACGACGACUACCCGCCCCGGGAGAGCACUGACGAAGACGAGGAGGACGAUGAGGCCAAGGCCUGGCUGCAGGCGCAGCCGGGCGGCUCGCUGCCCCCGCCGCCGCCGAGGCACCGCUACUCGGAGGGAGAGCGGGCUUCCCUGGAGAGAAAAGAAUCUUGGCAUUGUCUUCCUCAAGAAACGGACUCUUCCCAAACCCUGGAUUCAUCCCAGACCAGGUUUAAUGUGAGAGCAGAAGGGAUCGAAGUGACAGACUUCUCUUCUCUCGAGGACAGUGUGUUGAGCCAAUCAGAAAGCCAAGUAAAGGAGCCCAACAGAGAUAGAGAUCUGUUUUGUUCUCCGUUGCUAGUCAUACAAGAUAGCUUUGCUUCUCCUGAUUUGCCUUUGCUGACAUGUAUGACUCAAGAUCAAGAGUUUGGGGCCGAUUCCUUAUUUCAUCCAAGUGAACUAGAGUUUGCACCUCUAAGGGGACUUCCUGAUAAGUCUGAAGAUGCCGAUUGGUUUUCCCGACCAUCUGAAGUUAGUGAAGCUUUGUUCCAGGCUACCUCGGAAGUAGCUUCAGACUUAGUUAGCAGUUACCUUAGUAUAUCUCAGCAUCCACUUGUAAGUACUCCUGCUGCGGGCUCUCAGCACUGCCUUCUACCUCUUGAACAAGGGAGUAAGGAACUGUGUAUUUCAUCUGAUAAUGUUUAUGAGCAGAAAAGCCCCAAAGACUCUGGUAAUUAUGAUGCUGCUUGUUUAUAUAUGUCGUGGAAGGCACAGAACAAUAUACAUCAGUCAGAAACUGAUUUCACUGAUAAAGAUCAAGUUUCAUUGUCAGGCUCAUCUGAAAUAAGUGAUGAAAACACAGCUUCUAAAAGAAGUGACAGUUUGGAUGCUUCUUGUUCCAAUAUGCAAUACUGGAAGCCGGGGACUUUCCAGCAGGUGGAAUCAUGUCCAUCAGAUGAGAGCUGUGUGUCUUUUCCACGUGAAGUGACCCCUCCGCCUCCUAAUAAAAUGUCAUAUUCUUUCUUGCGAUGUUUGUUGGAAGGAAGAAGAAAAGGAAUUCCUUUGACUUCAAAUAAUCGUUACUUGGAGAGUGUUUGUUUAAGGUCCCCAGCUGAGAGCAGGAUGAAGCAAAAUAUGGAUUCUUUGAAGGAUUAUGAAAGAAACAAAGAUCUACAGAAAGAAUUAUCUCAGCAUCUUAAACAAGAGGAGACCAGCAAUAAUUUAGUAUCUUCAGAGGUGCAUCCAGGGCCUUCAGAAAUACCAUACACUGAGAAAAUUGUAGUUCCUGGUAAUUCUGUAAAAGUUUCAGAAGCACAUAUACUUUCCAGGGGACAAGAUCUUUCUAAGAUGGAGGCUUCUGGCAGUCUUCUUCAGACUGUUAAACCCAACUUGGAUAAGACACCAGAACAACUGUCUUUUCAAGAGGAAAGAAACCAAAAGGCAACUCCUGUUUUUGAGGACCCGCAGGGGCAGGCUGAGUCUGAUGGCAUUACCAUGGAUGAUGGUCCUGAUCCAAGUGCUGUUGUUGCCAGUCAAAGAGUUGCUGAACUACAAAAAGAGGGAGAUAAUUCUAAUCUGGGCAUGAAUCAGUCUUUCUCAUCUAAAUUGCCUCCGAUUGUUCCACAUGAACCAACCAGAGAAUCAGAAUAUCAUUCUUCAAAUCUCAGAAUGUUGAGGGUGUCUCCUGAUGCUGUGCCAAAGACUCCCAAAUAUUUACCAGGAGACACUUCUAAAGGAGGUUUAGCUGAAAUCACUCCAUCCAACUUGAAAUCUGUCCUUACUGCCACUCCUGGAGAGUCAGACACUGGAUCUCAUUUAUCAUCAUCUGCCAACGACUUGCCUCAGUUGGUUGUACAUUCUCGAGAGAAUACUAUUGGUCAACAUGCUGAUCUUCUUAACCAGAAGGAACUGACAGCUAGUCAUCUAACUGAAGAACCUCUGAAAGGUUCAGGUGUUCCUGGCCCAGCUGACCAGAAGACUGGAACACCAACCGUACCUGCUCCAUUCUAUUCACAGAGGGAGAAGCCUGGGACGUUAUAUCAGCAGACUUUACCAGAUCGCCCUGUAACUGAGGAGUCUCAGAAGGUCUCAGCUGUUCCUACACCAGCUGACCAGACAACUGGGAAAGGAGUAAUACAACCUAGUUCUUACUCAUACAGGGAGAAGCCCAAUACUUUCUAUCAACAGACUGUUCCAGACAGUCAUCUACCUGAAGAGGGUCUGAAAGUUUCUGCUGCCUCCAGACCUGCUGACCAGAAGACUAGUAUACCAACUGGAACCUUUCCUUCCUACAGACAGAGAGAGGAACCUGUUGUUUUCUACCAACAGGAAUUGCCUGACAGUAAUUUAACUGAGGAGGCUCUGAAAGUUUCAGCUGCUGAUAGACCAGUUGACCAGAAGACUGGUACACCAACUGUAACCUCUACUUCCUACUCACAUGGAGAGAAGCCUCAUAUUUUACACCAACAGGCCUUGCCAGAAAGCCGUAUACCUGAUCAGCCUUUAAAAUUCUCAGCUGCUCCUGGACGUGCUGACCAAAAGACUGGAACAACGACAGUACCAUCUGCUUCCUUCUCACAGAGAGAAAAGCCUGGUAUUUUCUACCAGCAAGAGUUACCGGACAGUCAUCGAAUCGAAGAAGCCCGCAAAUUUUCAGCUGCUCUUGGACCUCCUGUCCAGAAUACUGGGACAACAGCAGUACUAUCUACGCACUUAAAGAGAGAAAGGCCUAGUGUUUUCUACCAGCAAGAGUUUCCAGACAGUCAUCAAAUCAAAGAAGCCCGCAAAUUUUCAGCUACACUUGGACCUGCUGACCACAAGACUGGGAUAAUAAUAGUACCAUCUACUUACUCAAAGAGAGAAAAGCCUAGUAUUUUCUAUCAACAAGAGUUGCCAGACAGUCAGCAAAUUGAAGAAGCCCGGAAGUUCUCAGCUGCUUACGAACUAGUUGACCUGCAGACAGGGAUACCAACUGUAAGCUCUGCUUCCCACUCACCUAAGGAGAAGCCCAGUGCUAUCUACCAGCAGACAUUCCCAGACAGUCCUAAGACCGAAGAGCCUCUGAAAGUUUCCAUUGUUCCCAGGCCAAGUGAUCAGAAGACUGGAUUGCCAGCUGAAUUGUCUAGUUCCUACUUUUUAAGAAAGCAGCCCAUUGUUUUCUCUCAACAGAGCCUACGUGAUAGUCAUCUACCUGAAGAAGGUCUGAAAGUUUCUGUUUUUAGAGCAGCGGAGCAGAAGGCUGAAACAGUAGCAGCAUCCUCCGGUGCCUACUCUGCCUACUCGCAGAGAGACAAACCUGGUGUUUUCUACCAUCAGGAGCUGUCAGACAGUCAUCUGGCUAAAGAGGCUCGGAACGUUUCAGUUGAUACCAGAGCAGCUGAUCAAAAGACUGGAACACUAACAGGACCUUCAGGUUCUUACUCCCAUAGAGAGAGGCCCAGUAUAGUUUACCAGCAGGACUUGCUAGAUAGUCAUCCAACUAGAAAGCCUCUGAAGGUUUCAAUUGUCCCUGAAUUUGCUGACCAGAAUACUGGGAUACCAACAGUACCUUCUAGUUUGUAUUCACAGAGACAGCCUGUUAUUUUCUACCAGCCAACCCCACCAGGUAGUGGUGCACCUCAGGAGUCUCUGACAGUUUCAACUCUUUCUGGAGCAGCCGACCAGAAGUUUGGGAUACCAAGUGUAACUUCUACUUCCUACUCACAAAGAGAAAAGCCCAGUGUUUUCUAUCAUCAGAAGCUGCCAGACAGUCCUCUAACUGAAGAGUCUUUGAAAGCUUUAGCUGCUCCUAGGCAAGCUGAGCAGAGGAUAGGAACAGCCGCAGAGUCCUCUGCUUUCCACUCACAAAGAGAGAAACCUGAUAUUUUCUACCAACAGUCUUUGCCAGGUAGCCUUAUAACUGGAGAGUCUUUGAAAAGUUUAUUUGCUCCUGGAUUAACUGGCCAGAAGACUAGGACAGCAUCAGUACCUUCAAGUUCCUACUCCCUUGGAGAGAAGUCUGUUGUUUUCUAUCCACACCCUGAUGGUCUCGCACCUGAAGAGGUUCUGAAUGCUUCAACUGCUCCUGGCUUAGUUGACCAGAGGACUGGAAAAACAGCCAUAAUCUCUCCUUCCCACUCACAUACUGGAGAGAGUGGUGUUUUUUUCCAGCAGAGCUUAUCAGAUAGUCAUAUAUUUGAAGAGGCUGUGAAAGUUUCUGCUGCUGCUGCUGGGCCAGCUGACCAGAAGGCACGGACAUCCACAGUAUCUUCGGCUUCCCAGUCACUUGGAGAGAAGUCCAUUAUUUUCUAUCAGCAGUCCUUACCAGAUAGUCGUCUGACUGAAGAGGUUCUGAAAGGUUUAGUUGUUUUGGGCUCAAUUGAGCAAAAGACUGACGUACCAACAGUACCUUCAAGUUCCCACUCUCCUGGAGAAAAGGCCAUUAUUUUCCGCCAUCCUCUGCCUAAAGAAAACUUGAACAUAUUAGCUAUUCCCACAGACCAAAAAACUGGGACACCAAUAGCAUCCCCUGAUCACUACUCACUUGGAGAGAAGCCUGUUAUUUUCUACCAACAAACACUGUCAGACAGUCAACUCACUGACGAAAGUCUGAAAGUUUCCGAUGUCUCUGGACCAGUUGGCCAGAAUACUGGGACUCCUAAGGUAGCUUCUUUCUACUCUCAGAGAGAGAAACCUACUAUCUCUUACCAACAGGAUUUGCCAGUUAGUUAUCCAACUGAAAAGUCUCUAAAAGUUUCAGGUGUUCCAGGACCAACUGACCCCACGAGUGGUAAACCUAGUGUUUCUUACCAGCAAGAGUUGCCAGACCUUACUGAAUCAGCUUUGAAAGUUUUAGGGGUUUCAGAGUCUACUGACCAUAAGAUUGGAAUAGCAUCCUCCACCCCUUAUUCAAAUGAAGAGAAGUCCAUUGUUUCUUACCAGCAGAAAUUGCCAGAUCUUACUGAAGUAGCUUUGAAAUCAAUAGAGGUUCCUGGACCUGCUGAUCAGAAGAUAGAAAUAGUGUCCUCUGGUUCAUACACGCGAAAAGAGAAAUCAAGUAUUGUUCAUCAUCAGGAGUUGCUAGGUGUAACUGAAGAAGCUGCAGAUGCUUUUGUUCUUCUGGAAGUAGGUGACCAGAAGACUGGAAUAUCAACAACACCUCCUGUUCCCCACUCUGAAAGACAGAAGCCUGCUGAUUUUUAUGGCAGUCAACUAUCUGAAGAGGUUUUGAAUGCCCCAGCUAUUCCCGGAUUAGCUGAUCAGGAGAGGACAUCCAUAGUACCAUCUAGUUCUCAUCCACAGAAAGAGAAAUUCAAGAUAUCAAUUGUGAGUGUAGUGGAUGAUCAAAAAACUGAAUUACCAGCACCUACCCAUCGUUCCUACUCACAAGGACAGAAACCUAAGGUUUCAAUUUUAACAGGACCAGAUGACCAGAAGGUUCCGUUACUGACAGUUUUUCGUAGUUCUUAUUCUCAAAGAGUGAAACCUAGCAUUUUGUUUCAACAGCAAUUGCCAGAUAAAGAGAAAAGUGAAGAUACUCUAAAAAUUUCAACUGUUCCAGAACCAACUGAUGUAAAUACUGAAGUAAUAAUACCUCUCUCUAGUUCCUGUUUACAGGGAGAGAAACCCAAUACCUUCUACCCUCAAGAAUUGCCAGACGUACAUCAAGUUGAAGAUGCACUAAAGGUUUCAACAGUUCUUGGAUCAGCUGACCAGAAAGCAGUGUUGCCAACAAUUCCUCCUUGUUCCUUUUCACAGAGAGAAAAACUGAGUAUUUGUCCAAAGGAUUUGCCAGAUAGACAUCUAACUGAAAAUGCUCUGAAGGCCUCAAGUGGUCUUGGUAAAGCUGAUCACGUAACUGGGUUACCAGCAGUUUGCCCUGGUACUUACUCAUACGGUGAGAAGCAUGUUGUUUCAGAACAUGUCCAAAGGCUAAUCGAUAACUUGCCUUCUUCUGACUGCAGUGUUAUUUCAAACGGUAUGCCUUUAAAUUCUCUGGCUGAUGAUCGGGUUGUAAUAAAUAAGCCAGAAUGUUCAGAUUUGGGGGAUGUUGGCUCUGAGGAAAUCCGGGAUACAGGCAGUAGUUCUAAAACUCUCAAAGAGAUUCAGACGCUGUUAAUGGAGGCCGAAAAUAUAGCGUUGAAACGAUGCAAUUUGUCUGCUCCCCUUGUUCCUUUUAGAGAUGUUAGUGAUGUUUCAGAUAUCCGGUCUAAGAAGGUAGUUUGCUUCAAAGAACCUUCCAUAACUGAUGUGUCUGAUGGCGAGUUGCUCCCGAGACAGCCAUUCAGAGAGGAAAGCCCAAGCAACAGAUGCAUACUGAAGGAUAUUGGCACACAGACAAGUUUCAAAUGCCAGAGAGGUGUUGAAAAUUGGGAAUUUAUUAGUUCAAAUGCAGUUAGAAGUCCACUGCAGGAAGCAGAAUGUGAAGCCAGAGUGGCUUUAGAUGAAACUCUUAGGCGAUAUGAAGCAGCCAAAUCAGUAAUGAGGCGUGAACCUGAAGGGUAUAGUGGAACUAUGGGGCAAAAAAUCAUUAUUCCUGUGAUGACUAUUAUAAAAAGUGACUCAAGUAGUGAUGCAAGUGAUGGAAAUACUUCGUGCUCAUGGGAAAGUAAUUUACCUGAGUCUUUGGAAUCAGUUUCUGAUGUUCUUCUAAACUUCUUUCCAUAUGCUUCAGCUAAGACAAGCAUAUCAGAUAGCAGAGAGGAAGAGGGUAUGUCAGAGAGUGACGAUUGUGGUGGUAGUAUAGACUCGCUGGCUACCCAUGUGAAAAACCUCCUGCAGUGUGAGUCAUCACUGAAUCAUGCCAAACAGAUACUCAGGAACGCGGAAGAGGAGGAGUGUCGGGUCCGAGCGCGAGCACGAGCCUGGAAUCUGAAGCUUAACUUAGCACACGAGUGUGGAUACUCUAUUUCAGAAUUAAAUGAAGAUGACAGGAGGAAAGUUGAAGAGAUCAAGGCAGAGUUGUUUGGUCAUGGGAGAACAACUGACUUGUCCAAGGGUUUCCACAGUCCCAAGGGAAUAUGUAGCCCUGAAGCUGUGUGUGGCCACAUUAUUAUCGAGAGCCACGAAAAAGGAUGUUGCCGGACCCUGGCUGCUGAACAACCACAAUUGGACAGCCGUCCUUGUGCGUUCAGAUCUGCUGAACCAUCAGAUUUGAUCCGAGGACGGCGGAGCGUGUCAUCAUGCACGGCCAGGCACAUCAACCUUUCUCAGUCACUGGACCAGAGCAGCCCCAAUUUCAACGUUUGGAAUUCCUUGCGCUUGGAAAGUCCUCCUCCAUUUCACAUACCUGAAGACUUCAAGAUUAGCAAGAGUCUUCGAAUGCCAUUCCAUGAACCUGUUUGUAUGCCUCCUAAAGAAAUGAAUUUUCAUUCUCCAUCUCACAUGCUGCCCUCAGAACCCUUGAAACAAUUUACCACCUCCAUCACGUUUUCAUCUCACCGACAUUCUAAAUGCAUUUCUGAUUCUUCUGUUUUUAAGGUUGGUGUUACUGAAAAUAGCCCGUGUCUUGAAGCCCCUAUGGGGGCCUUUAAUUCUCAAGAACAAAAUCCUCCCAGAGAUCUAAAACAGAAAGCUUCUGCCCCUUCAUCAUUUAAAAAAUCUAGUCAUUCACCAAAUAAAACUGUGACUAUUUUAGAAGAAGGUAUUAGGCAAAGCCAAAAAUCACCUGUUAAUUUAAAGGAUUCUCACCAAGAAGAAAAACUCAUAGAAAGAGCAGAUUUUAAAGUCAGCCUUUCUGAGCCCAAUACGAGUGCAAGUGGUAGUAAUUACAAGCAAAUUCAGUUUUCCGAUAAUCAUACCCUCAUUAACAUGGACAGACCAAGUUCCACAAUAGGAAUUAAGAAGAAUGUAACUAUUAUUCCAGAUCCUCCUUCGCACAUUUUUCUUGAACAACGAGAGUUCUUUGAACAAAGCAAAGCCCCACAGGCAAAUUACCAUGUGAGAAAACACUGUUCUCCCCCUUCUCCAAGUACUCCUUCUGCUAUUUUUCUUGAACAACGCCAACUCUUUGAACAGUGCAAAGCCCCAUAUGUAGAUCAUCAGUUGAGAGAAAGCCGUUCUCCCUCUCCUCCAGGUCAGGAAUGUAUAGCCUCAGAUCUUCCAUCUCCCAUUUUUCUUGAACAAUGUCAAAGCAGAGACCCAUGUGUAGAUGACCACAUGAGAAAAUACCAUUUCCUCCUUUCUCAAGGUCAGGAUUGUGUGAUGGAAAAGGAUAAUGAAUUCACACCUGUUUCAUACAUUUCUAACAUAAAUGUUGAAGCCAAGUUCACUAAUGUGGUCUCCCAGUUGGUCCCAGAUACAUUAACAACAUCUGCAUCUACUCCACCUUCAAAUGCAAAGGCACUUUCUUGUGUGCGUAUAACUCUUUGUCCCAAGACUCCUGCCACGUUGGAUAGUGGAGCCUUAUUGGAUCCUGCCUGUAAAACAAAGAUAACUAGUGAGUUUAACGCAGACCUACAAACUCUAUCUUCAAGAUCCUUGGAACCAACCUCCAAAUUAUUGGCCGGUAAAGCUGUAGCACAGGACCAAGAAUGUUUAGAUUUUCUAGGACCUGUAUCUCCACUGGACUUCCAAGUCAUACAAUGUCCUCUUCCAGAUAGUGUUACAAUUACUCAGAACUUGGAAACCAUACCAUCUCAGGAUAGCCAGGUAGUAACCUCAAGGCAAAUACAAGUGAACAUUUCAGAUUUGGAAGGAUAUUCCAUUCCAGUGGAGACUCCGGUAUCUGCAGAUCGUUUUUCAGAGCAGAGUAAGAUCCCAUUGUCUGUUUCUUCUGGAAAAAUGUCGUCUGAUGCUGUCACACAGAUAACCACAGUGAGUCCGGGAAAGGCCACGUUUUCCUCUGAGAUUUUUAUUAAUGCGAAAGAUGAUAGGCAUGAAGUUCCAGAGCCCAAGACUCAAAAGCAAAGCAAGCCUCCGGUCAGGUUUGCGUCAUCGUCUUCGGUCCAGCACAUCACUCCUGCUCGUGGCACAGAUGUCCAGCCUGUGCUGUUGCCAUAUAAGCCAGCUGGUGGUUCGAAGAUGUUCUAUGUUCCACAACUGGGACAGACUCCUUCACUUCCAGAUGCCAAAUCAGACACCACCAUUGAGAGCUCGCAUUCAGGAUCCAAUGACGCCAUUGCUCCAGAUUUCCCCGCGCAGGUGCUGGGCACCAGGGACGAUGCCCUUCCAGACACUGUCAACAUAAAGCAUAAAGAAGGGAUCUAUAGUAAGAGGGCAGUGCCUAAGUCGACUUCGUCAAUGGAGAAAAGUCCCGUUGAGAAAGAUAAUGCAGAUUCCCCGGGUCUCGUGUCCAUCCCUGAGGAUGAGAACCUCCCAGACAAAAAGCAGGAAGAGGUUGGCUACAGUAAAAAGCCGAUGGCAAAGACUGUCCCACCAGAAGAAAGCGAGCCCAGGCUGAAGGCCGCUGCAGGUUCUGCUGGUACUCCUGUUCCAGAGCACUCAGCUAAAGUACAAGACGUGAAGCUGGACAGCCCACUAAACCCCAAAGUCACCGAGCAGAAAGAAGAGGUCCCCGUUAAAGGGACAGUUCCUAAGGAAGCCUGGCUGGAAAACAAGUCAGUAAAGAUAGACGUUACAGAAUCUGCAGGUCAGUCGGAAUUUGAAAAUACUACCCAUUCUGUCUUCAGGUCGGCCAAGUUUUACUUUCAUCAUCCAGUGCACCUGCCAAAUGACCAAGACUUCUGUCAUGAGUCUGUAGGAAGGAGUGUUUUUGUGCAGCACUCUCGGAAAGAUUUCUUCCAGCAUCAUUCAGAAAAACAUAGAGAACACACGAUGCCGCCUCCAUUUCAAAGUGUGGACAAGACUACGACUGAUUAUACGACAAUUUUAAAGAGCCUCAGCAUCAAUUUGAAUUUGGGAAACAAAGAAAUGAUACAUACUACUAAAAGUCAGGCUAGAGAUUGUCUAAAAAGCAGCAGACUAAUUACAGACCCCAAAAGGGACCAUAAGGCCACCCAAGAGGUAACCACUCAGUGCACCACAAAUCUGAAUGAACUCUGGAACAAGUAUCAGGAGCAACAAAGGCAACCGAAACUGCCUGAGUUCGCUGAAAAGAAAGAGCUGUCUCUGGUGGAGCGACUGGACCGUUUGACUAAACUUCUUCAGAAUCCCAUCACACAUUCUCUGCAGGCCUCUGAAAGCACGCUAGGUGGUAGCAGAGGGGAGCCGGAUCUUAGGGGAUGGAGUGGUAAACAGCAGCAGCAGAAAAGCAAACUUCAGAAGAAGAAGCGGUAUAAAAGCCAAGGAGAUCUUAGACAUAAAAACGUAGAUCUUAAAAAAAGCAAGGUGCUUUCUCAUCAUGCCGGGAGACCCAAUCAGAUUAAAAUUGAACAGAUUAAAUUUGACAAGUACAUUCUGAGAAAACAGGCAGGUUUGAAUUACAUCACCAACACUUCUUCGGAGUCCAGACCCUCAGAAGAAAGUGAGCUGCUCACAGAUACUACCACCAACAUUCUUUCUACCACCGCUUCUGUCGAUUCGGACAUACUGACCCAAACAGAUAGAGAGGUAACUUUGCGUGAAAGGAGUAGCUCUAUUUCCACCAUUGACACGGCCCGUUUGAUCCAGGCUUUUGGCCAUGAAAGAGUGUGUCUGUCACCCAGGAGAAUUAAAUUAUACAGCAGCAUCACCAACCAGCAGAGAAGAUACCUUGAGAAGCGGUGUAAGCACAACAAGAAGACGUUGAAUUUUGGUCAUCCGCAAAUGACUUCUGAGCACACGAGAAGGAAGCGCAUCCAGGAGGAAAACCAGACGAUUUCUUCCGAUUCCGUUUUAUCUUCUGCUAGUACCUUCUUGAGCUCGAACUCUACCAUUUGCAACAAGAAAAAUAUCCACAUGUUAAACAAGGGUAUACAAGCAGGUAGCCUGGAGAUCGUGAACGGUACCAGAAAACACACUCGUGAUGUCGGCAUUACUUUCCCAACUCCAAGUUCCAGUGAAGGCAGAGUAGAAGAGGACAGUGAUGGGACUUCCUGGUCAGAAGAAAUGAUUGAAGAGAAGGUGCUCUUUACCAAUUAUGUUGGAGAUAAGAAAUUAAGGAAGAGCAAACAGAAUUUCUAUGAAGGAGUUUCUUGGUUUGUUCCUGUGGAAGAUCUGAAGUUUGAAUCUAAGAAGGAAAACCUGCCCAAGAUUUAUGGUCCUGGCAUCUCCUGGUUUGAACCAAUCACCAAAACCAAGCCCUGGAGAGAGCCACUGCGGGAACAGAACUGGCAGGGACAGCACGCAAGUGAUGGACGGUCCCUAGGUGGUCCAAGAGGCGAUGAUGGCCGGGACGCCCCGAAGCCGUUUGUGAGAGCAACCCUACAGGAAGCGCUUCAGCUCCACAGGCCUGACUUCAUUUCCCGCUCUGGGGAGCGAAUAAAGCGCCUACGGCUGAUCGUCCAGGAGCGGAAACUGCAGAACGUGCUGCAGAGUGAGCGGGACGCGCUGUUCAACCCCAGGGUCCCACCGCCCAAGAGAGUGUUCCUGGCCACCCAGGAGAGCAAGCCCAUUGGGAAGAAGGAAAUGAUUCAGAGAUCUAAACGGAUGUACGAGCAGCUGCCAGAAGUCCAGAAAAAGAGAGAAGAGGAGAAAAGGAGAUCCGAAUACAAGACUUACCGGCUGCGAGCCCAGCUGUAUAAAAAGAAAGUGACCAAUCAGCUCCUGGGGAGGAAAGUGCCCUGGGACUGAUUUUCCUCAGAGCCUUGGAAUUCUAUUUUGUGAACACAGAGAUAUACAACCCUUACUUUUAUGUGUCUGGUAGAAAUAAAACUCACUCUUUGU